UUGUCUAAAGUGAACAGUUAGCUGAAUUAACGCUAGCUGCGGUUAGCUGCGGCUCACCUCACCAUAAAGUAGCGUUUAAAGUCUCAGCUCUGGCGUCAGAAUAUAACUUUUUCUGUAACAUAACGCAGGACAACGCCUGCAGAGGGAAGUCUGACCUCACUGACGGUAGAUGGCACGCUUGCGCUGUGUUUUCCUGCACUUGUUCUCCCUGUUGUCCAUGGAUGGGAGCUAGGUUAGCUUAGCUCAUUUAAACUCUCCUGAGUGUGUCAGUGUGUCUCGGUUUGAAUCAUGAAGUAGGGUACGGACUGAAGUGCUGCGUUGGAAAACAGUGGGAACCCUCAGCGUGUCCAACACAACUAGCGCUUCAUCAAAAAGUGAUUCUUCUGAAGGUAAAACGGUUACAAAAGAUGAAGUAUGUGUAACGUAAACCUGGGAUAUAGCUGCGUGCCACCCCGAGGAAGCCUUGUUCGUGUUCACCGGUUUAUCCAGAAGUUGCAUUUUCCAGUACCAUGGAUACUGAGGGAUAUAAAAGUGAGCCACACUAUACAGAAGCAGAGAGCCUUUGGCAUGUGAUGCAGAAAUCCGGAGAUCUGGAUCCAAGGAGCAGAGAUGGUGAGGGCUGGAAGCUGGUGGAUGUGUUUCUUUCUGGAGGAGCACCCUGGGGAUUUACACUCAGAGGGGGACUGGAGCACCGAGAACCUCUGCUCAUCACCAAGGUUGAGGAGGGCAGCAAGGCGGCAGCUGUGAGUCUCCAGGUGGGAGACGAGCUUGUCAACAUCAACGAGAUUCCCCUCAGUGGCUACAGACAGGAGGCAAUCUGCCUAGUGAAAGGCUCCCACAAGACCCUCAGUCUGGUGGUGAAAAGGCGGAAUGAACCCAUAAGCAGGCCUCACUCCUGGCACUCCACCAAGUUCAACGAAAGCCAAUCAGAGACUGCCAAAACGCAGUCUCCUCCCACGCCGGUCUGGCACACCAGAUAUGAUGCAAGCUCAUCCUCAACUGAUCUCUCCUCUGGCUGGGAGCAGACCAACCUGCGCAGAGUCUCCGACCAGUUUAGUUCUCUCGGCAGUAUGGACAGUCUAGAACAUGUCUCACACCCAUACCCAGCGGGUCAGCUGUCACCUGCCAAGUCCAACAACAGUAUGGAGCAUCUUGGAGGAGGAAAACGAGACUCAGCCUACAGCUCCUUCUCCACCAGUUCUGGCACACCAGACUAUACCCUCUCAAAGAGCAAUGCUGCCUCGACAGAGAACAUGCACUAUAAGUUCAGUCAGUGGGAUGCAGGAGGAAAGCACAACAAUAGCAGAAACAGCCAGAGCCUGACUGAGGGAGUCAAACAGGACGAUAGAGUGGCGUACUUCCAGAUUCCAGGUGUUAGUGCAGGCUGCGAGGGUCCACAGGCUGAGGACUUGGCUGGCACCCGCCAUUCCACUUCAAGUAGAAGCAGCUUUGGACCUGUUUGGCAUGUCCCUGAAAAAAAGAAGACUGCUUCCCCCUCUCCUCCCCCUCCCCCUCCACCUGCACGCAGUGACAGUUUUGCUGCGACUAAGGUUCAUGAAAGGGGGCUGGUCAUAGCUCACCCUGAAGGACCUGAAUUACAUGCCCCCUGUAAGGCCUCCACUGAAAAUCGCCGCAGCCACAACCUAUCCCCGAAGAAUGACAGCGACAGUUUUUACACUUCAUCUGAUAAAUCAAAUAAUAACCAGUUCAACUCAAACAACCAGUACUCCUUGUCCAGCAGUGAUGUCCAUCAAGGCCAGCCCUACCAUCACAGACACCAUAGUGACAAAAGCACUUUUUAUUCUCAGCCCUGGGCUACGUCCGUACCAAAGCCACAGAACGUAGGUGGCUACUAUUGUAGCAUGCAGGAACUGCCUACUAAUGGUUCUGCACAACACCUUGGUCAGAACCAGAGAAGGAACUUAAGCACCUCCCUGUCAACCACAGCCACUGACCAAAACACUGACGGCAGUGGACAAAACCGAUACUACUGUGUCACAACAUGUCAGCCUGUGCAGCCUAACCCCCAGCCCUUGUCAGGAAAAUCCGAGGACAGGAAAAGUGUCACAGGUAUAGACUUGGCACAGACUGGAAAUGAGCAGAACUCUCUUAGCCCACAAACAGUCACCAAAGUGAAGUAUCAUCUGCCCCAACAGCAGCAACACUCCUCACACAUUAAAGACAGUAACGGAUACAGCAAGCACCAAGUUACUACUGUGUUAGAAACCUCUGUACCUAAAUCCAGCUCUGAUGAUAGGGGAGGCCAGAGAGGACACAGCAGACAGUCUGAACAGCGGAGGUCUCUCCCACUGCAGCAUCGAGAGUUACCCCAAGACAUCAGACAUCACAACCAGGUGAGCAACAAGAUCUGCCCCCAGGCAACCCCCAUGCUUCACUCUCUAUCUAUGGAUGCCGCUGGCCAAGAGCGAAGAGGCCCAAACUCUGAGGAGUUCCUUGAAAGCAUGCAGAUGAAACGCAGUGACCGCUUUGCCACCACGUUAAGGAAUGAAAUCCAGAUGAGAAAAGCCAAGCUGCAAAAGAGUAAGAGUGCAGCUACCCUUCCUGGUACUGAAGGUGAGGCUGAGAACGAUCAGCAUAUCUGGAAGUCCACUGAAAACACCACCCCGACUGCUGAUGGCUCCUUCACCAACACCUACAAGGUUAAUCUGAAGGAAGCACAAGCAAGGGUGCUCAAGGCUACAUCAUUCAGGAGAAAAGACCUGGAGCCUGUCUUACUGGAGCACCCUGCAGCUGAAGCCUUACCUAACUACCCAUCCUCAGCACUGACCCGUAAAGAUGUCACCCCUCUGCCAACGGUCUCAGAGUCUGUAAUGAGUAAAAUGGGGCCUGCCAGUGGUCAAGUAACUCGCAUUGGUGGUCGGAAGCGUUUUCCUGCAGAAAAGAAGGUGAGGUCUUUCUCUGAGCCAGACAAAAUCCAUGAAGUUGGCGUGAAGGAAGAUCUCCCUCAAAAUGAAUAUGCAAGUUCCUCACUAGACCAGCAGAAGCUGUUUAAAGAAAGUGGGAGACCAGCUUUCCCCCAUCACAUUCCCCCUCAGAGCUAUGCCGAGAACCCCACAGAGACCAAGGCUCGAGGUCUUGGCACAACCAGCGAAACAGAGGACACAAUGAAAGGCAUCAGGAGCAGAGAAUACACUGACGAGGUCCAGGGAGGUCUUUACUCUGCACACAAGCUGUCCCUCUUAGACCAGCAAAGACUGGGCACCUUCGCUGAGUAUGAGGCAAAGUGGAAUAUACAGAAAAAACCUCCAGAAACAAGAGCCUCUGGACGGUACCGCUCAGCUGAUAACAUCCUGGAUCCAGGACCAGAGGAGAGAACCAAAACCACCUGUUUCCAUGAGCGAUCUCGAUCAUCUCCUUCAGCUGAUAUGUACGGACAGAAGAUUCAAGUUCCUGCAAGAAAGUCAGAGACAGAAUAUUCCCACACAGAGAGUAAACCUGCUGAACCGCUCAACGCCGCUACAGGGUUCUCUGACAGAGGGCCUGGUGACUGUAAAGUGAGAGAAAAGCCUGUGGAGUUCGAGCAUUUCUCAGCGCCACCCCCUCCGCCCAUGACAGGAACCAACCCUGACUGCAGACACAGAGCUGCCUCUGCCACCGUGAACCACAGACCCACAUCAAUCUCUCAUAGUCUCACAGAGUCUGCCCUCCCUCAGGCUGAGGACCACGGAGCGAGGAGGAAGCCCUCUGCACUGGAGAAGCAUCCCCCACCCAGAUGCCCGGAGGUCGACUCCCACGAGCCCUUCACCGGUUCCCAGAGUGAAAUCUUCACCCACUGCUCCCCGAACGCUGACCCUAGCUCCGCCUUUGUCCCCACCCACGCUGCAAAGGGAGAUUCUGAGCAGGGCAAAGGACUUGUGGACAAAGGACAAGGGGCAGUACAUCAUCUAUCAACAUCCAAUCCUCAGCCUGCCUCCUCUCUCCCAGCUUCCUCCCACAGACCUUCAGGGCUGGCUACUAUGGAGGGGCAGCGCUCUCCAUCUCCACAGUUUUCUCCACAGAGACUCAGUGACAAGCCCCCAGUCUCUCUACAGGAUGAACACUCAAGCAGGAUGGAGCAUGUGAUAGAAAACCAAACAUCUGCAGGGAAGAAAGUGCCCAUCAGGAUUGUCCACUCAGAGGGAGUCACAGAGAAGGAGAAUUGUCCAUUUUUGCAGCACAGUGACCCCCCUGCUGUUGAGGCUGAGGGUCUUGGUGUAACCAGGCUCGGCAGUCUGGGAGCUGCAGGUCAGGACUCGGUCUUCUGUGCCUUCACUCGGCAGAGGGAGCCCGACAGUACGCCGGGCGCUCAGACGGACCCAAAGCCCCAGACAGACACAUACAUGAGUACUGUUAGAGAUCACAUCAACUCUAACAGUCAGCAGCCGCCGCAAACCACAGACGAGCCCAGCAGCACCAGGGCGACAGUAACCACAGGACUGUAUGAGGAUCAGAAGAGGGAGGAGCUGGCCAGGGACAUCAUGGGGAAGGAUAAAUCACUAGCUGAUAUUUUGGACCAGAGCAAGAUGAAGACCACCAUGGACUUGAUGGAGGGCAUCUUCCCACAGGGGGAGCAGCUGUUGGAAGGAGCUCACCAGCGCAGGAAGGUGCCCCCGAAACAGAGCCGGCCUGCUGAGGAAAGGGAAAAGGAGGACAGUAUGGCAACAGCUGUCGCCAUGGUGACCAGCUCUACAUAUUACAGCACAUCUGCUCCAAAGGCUGAGCUCCUUAUUAAGAUGAAGGACAUGCAGGAACAGGAGGAGGAGGAAGACUCUGAAGACGAACUGGACAUUGAUCUGGCAAACAAGAAGCAAGAGCUGAUCGACAGCCUCAGCAAGAAGCUUCAGGUGUUGCGGGAAGCCCGGGAGAGUCUUCAGGAGGACAUCCUUGACAACAACGCUCUGGGAGACGAGGUGGAGGUCCAAGUCCAGCAGGUCUGCAAACCCAACGAGCUGGACAAGUUCAGGAUGUUUGUCGGGGACCUGGACAAGGUGGUGAGCCUGCUGCUAUCCCUGUCGGGCCGUCUGGCCAGAGUGGAGAACGCCCUCAACAGUCUGGAGGAGGAUGCUACUGCUGAGGAGCGGCGCACGUUGAUUGAGAAGAGGAAGCUGUUGAUCCGACAGCACGAGGAUGCGAAGGAGCUGAAGGAGAACCUGGACCGUCGGGAGCGUGUGGUUUAUGACAUCCUGGGCAACUACCUGCAGGAGGACACCCUGACAGACUACGAGCACUUUGUCAAAAUGAAGUCAGCGCUCAUCAUCGAGCAGCGCAAGCUUGAGGACAAAAUCAAACUGGGAGAGGAGCAGCUCAAGUGUCUGAUGGACAGUCUGCCGAUAGAGCAGAGGCUGGCCUUUUGAAGGUGUUGGACACCCAUGAACUCUGACGACUAAGACUAGGUAUGUUGCUCCGAGUUGCAGUUGAGCCUCGUGUCCAGCAGAAGGAGACAGAGGAUCCGGCAAAGACAAACUGCCUGUUCUGACAUUUUUUCAAUUCUGUGGUGAAGGCUCAUUCGAGCACGUCUUACUACUUUACACCCUGGACUGCCGUAGCGCCUCCUGGACUGACAGCAUCCGAAAGGAACUCCCUUGUUAAAGAUGCUGCUUUUCCUGGUACCAACCAACCACUGUAUCCGAUGUCUUUCAUGCCAUUUUUGCUUUGUUUUUUUUUUUUUAUUGUUUUUUUGUUUUUUUGUUAGUAAUUUAUUGUAGCCUUUUGAAUCUGCACAGGAGGGGACAGUAUUUUAUCUUCAACUGAUCUGAGCAGUCACGCUACCUGAUGUGUUGAGCAACUAGGAGUAUUUAUCAUGUUUUAUGUUUCAAUAAUUUCACACUCUGAAAGCGUUUUCACAUGAUCCAUAAAAUCUGGCCCAACAUUUCAAUAAACAUAAAGGUUUUUGUUAACAUUUAUAUAUAAACUAGUGGCCUUUUUACUAAGAUUUUUGUGCCCUCGCUUUCCUCCCUCAAGAAGCUUUUCUUCUGCAGUAAACGGAAGGUAAAGAUGGUGGGAUGUUAGCGAAUGUACCUGUGAAGAGAAAGUGUGCAGAUACUGGUCAUUUUUUAAAGAGCACUUGUUCAACUUCACUAAACAGAGGAACAGUAGCACUUCACAUUCAGACUUUAACUCAAGUGAAAUCUACAUUUGAAGUGCCUGGGGAGUCACACCCACCCAUGUCACUGCGAACACUGUCUUUUACUCCACGUCUGCAUGUUUUGUCCCAUCAGCGCUGCUCUGUUUUAUUCACAGGAAAAAAAAACUUGUUUAGAUUAUGAUAUUGCCACUUAUAAGUUGACCAAGUGUUUCUGUAUUUUGUCUUAUUGCUUCACUGUGUUUUGUUAUUCACGGUGCAGAUGUUGAAUGCAUAGUUACCACAGUUGUUACUUGACUUCAAGUGAAAUUUCAUCACUAAAAAUUGUUGUUUAGGUUGAUCAUUUUGCAACCAAAUAUCAAAUUAAAUCAUUGCAAAGCA